AUGGCGACCGACGCGACCGCCGCGCUCGCCGCGCCCAAGCUCACGACGCUGCUCGUGGUCGUGAGCGACGGGAACGUCCUCCUCGGCGAGAAGAAGCGAGGCUUCGGCGCCGGCUUGUGGAACGGAUUCGGAGGGAAGGUGGAUCUCGGCAUCGACGCGUCCGUCGAGCACGCCGCGCUGAGGGAGCUACGAGAAGAGUGCGGGAUCGACGCGCUCGACGCGACGAGACGAGGGGUGUUGACGUUCCACUACGCGGACGCGCCGAACCCGAUGGAGACGCACGUGUUCCACGCGUCCGCCUUCGAAGGGACGGUGGCGGAGAGCGACGAGAUGAGACCGGCGUGGUUCCCCGAGGACGCGAUACCUCUGGAGAAGAUGUGGCCGGACGACGAGCACUGGUACCCGGCGUUCUUGCGAGGGGAGAAGUUCGUCGGGACGUUUUGGUUCGAUCGCGAGAAGAAGAUCACGAGGCACGAGCUCGAGGUCGUGGAGACGCUGCCGGCGAGAGCGGACGGACUAUGA